AUCAACAGAAGUUGUGAACGAGCGUGGGAGUUUGAAAUAUCAGUGAGCAUAGCAUAAACUAGUGUACACUGUACACAUUACUCCAGAAUUGCUGGUUCCGAAAAUAAUUUCAUAUCGGUGCUUUUUUAUUGUAUAAAAAUUAUCUAUAUCUUUCAAAGUUCCAAUAUUUAUUUGUAACAUGGCAAGCAGAACCGAAAUUAAGUCGGACUCCGACGUUCACAUCUCCUUCGAGGAUCAACAAAAAAUAAACAGAUUUGCCAGACUCAAUGCCAAACUUGAAGAUUACAAAGAUGAAUUAAGACUUGCACAGAAUGAUCUGCAAAAUAUUAAUGAUGCAGUUAGUGAGAUAGAACUGUUUGAUGAUGAUGUUCAAAUUCCUUAUCAUCUUGGAGAAGUUUUUGUACAUGAAAAUCUUGAUCAAACUCAAGUGUACUUGGAAGAUGCAAAGAAAGAAAAAGAAUCUGAUAUCAAAGACUUGGAAAGCAAAUGUAAAGCAUUAGAAUCUUUGAUGUCUGACUUAAAAACACAAUUAUAUGCUAAGUUUGGUAAAGCUAAUAUCAAUUUAGAAAAUGAAGAAGAAUAAGUACAAAUUUCAACAUGUACUUGAUGUGAAUGUAUAAUAAUGUGUAUUAUUGAAUUUAAAAUAAUAAAAUAUUUUGCAAGAAGUA